AUGGCGUCUAAGGCUCAUAUUAAUAAUACAGUAAAUGAACGUCGCUUACGACCAAUUUAUGACUGGCUAGACAAUGGAAAUAACAAAAAAGCACUCCAAGAGGCGGAUAAAGUACUCAAAAAACAACCGGAUAAUCAGUGUGCGAGAGUAUUAAAGGCUUUAGCUUUAUUACGAUUAGGAAAAGAAGAUAAAUGUCAGGAUAUUAUGGAUAAAGUACGUUCGGAAGUACCAUGUGACGAUUCAACGCUUCAAGCAAUGAGCAUUUGUUACAAGGAAAUUCAUCAACCUGACAAAAUACGAGAAGUUUAUGAAGCAGCAGCUAAAGCCGAUCCAAAUAAUGAGGAUUUAUUGACACAUUUGUUCAUGUCAUAUGUACGAUUGGGUGAUUUUAAAAAGCAACAGCAAACAGCGCUCGCUUUGUACAAAUUAAAACCAAAAAAUCCCUACUAUUUUUGGGCUGUUAUGAGUGUUGUUAUGCAAGCCAUACAAGCUGAGGAUGCCUUAGCCAAAAAUAUUAUAUUACCUCUUGCUGAGAGAAUGGUGUUAAAAUUAGUCAAUGAAGGAAAAUUAGAAGCAGAGCAAGAAGUUCAGUUGUAUAUUAUGAUAUUGGAACUUCAAGGAAAAAAUGAACAAAUUUUAGAUGUUUUAUCUGGACCAUUAGCUGCUCGACUUUCAGGGGUGCCACAGCGUAAAGCUGCUCUUCUUUUACAAUUACAACGAUACGAAGAAGCUACAACAGCUUUUAAGGAAUUAAUAAACGAAGAUAAUGAUAAUUGGUCUCAUUAUCUAAGUUACUUGACCGCCGCACUAGAACAUCAACAGCCCAGUGAGUGUUUAGAAUUUUUGGAUAGCAUAGCAGAAACUUGUGGAAAAAAAGCUCGAGCUCCACAUUUAGCUCGGUUUGAAUUAUUAAAACGCGUUGGUUCCAGUAAUGUUGCUUUACGGGCUAUUAUGGAACCGGUAAAAUUGAUGCGAUUGUACUUUGAGCAAUUUGGUAACAAAGGCUGUACAGUUGGUGAUUUGAGAUUAUAUUUAAAUUUAUUAAAUUUUGAAGAACAAUCACAACUGCUUGAAAGUAUGAACGAAGACAUUGGAAUAGCUGACGAUGCAGCACCUACAAAGACAGAUCAAAUGCUACGGCAUAUUCAUUGUGAACAAUUACGUCGUGCAUGUGGUAUGCACCAUUCACCUAUUUUGGAUAUAGAAAAACGUCAAAAACUAGUUGAUCGUUUACGUGAUCUUUACGAAAAGGGAAAUGAAUUAUGUAUAAACGACGAAAGAUUGCCAACUGAUUUUGCUCCAUUUGAUUCUUAUGCUCUUCUUGCUGCGCAUUUACUGAUACAAAUGUGGUAUGAAUCGUACGAAGCUUCGCAUCUUUACAAAGCAAUGGCGUUAUUAGAGCGAGCUUUAUCAAUAAGUGUAGCGAAUUUCCAUUUGAAAAUAGUUUUAAUACGAGUUUAUCUAGAAGCUGGUUUAAUAGGUGCAGCAGAUCAUGUUUUUUCCUUACUAGAUGCAAAACAGAUUCAAUUAGUCUCUUUGAGCUAUUUGUAUGUUCCACUUUUGGCUCCACUUGGGCACUUAUCUAGUGCUUCAAAUGCUCUUGAUCAAGCUGUUAAAUUUUUCGUGGCUAAUUACAAGCAUAGUGCAGAUCGUCUAACUUUCGCUUAUAAGUAUGGAAGUUUUGCAAAAAUUCAAGAAUUUGUUGAUUUAAGAGAACGACUUGACAAUUCUUUACAUUUUGCUACAUCAACUGUUGACAAAAUGUUGCUGGAACUGAGCUGGUGUGAUAGCGCUAAGUCGUUGUCCAGAGCGUUAGUUUCAAUGAGAGUGCUACCUCACGAAGAUUCAAUACGAUGGGAACUAUUGCGCGACAACAGAGAUCUUGAAGUUGUUGUUGGUUGGGAACCAUCGACUGAUGAUAAAGACCCUCGAAAGCAUGAAGAAACACGUGUCUGUAUGCUUCAAUUACUUGCCGCUCGUAAUCUUAUUUUAAGAAUAAUUGCUGCUACGGCUGAAGAACAAGAUUGUUCGUUACUUUUGGCAAAGUUAUCACAUGAACUUGAAACUUUAAACAAUGAACGCAUACCAAAGUGUCUUGAAAAAUUUAUGACUGCAGAUAGACGUGUUAGAGUUGAGAGUAUAUUAGUGCCAAUAGAUGCAGUCGAACGUUUGCGUGAAUCAUAUGAUUCUCAACAAUUAAUGGUUAUUGCCCGACUCGCUGAUUCGUUUUCUCAAUUUUCCCGACCAAAUUCUCAAUGUAUUGAAAUUAUUCGAAAUGCUCACUGUUUGAAAACCUUACCUAUACCAACUACCGAUGAGCCUGUGUCUUAUAAAGAUUUUCUACUUCGUGCUGCUACUUGUGGCGAAACUCUUUCAUUUCUUGGUAUAAUGUGUGCUUCUUAUAUAAAUCAAGCUCAUCCUCAAAUUAAUAAUAAAAAAAAUCGGAAAAAAACUAAUAAAGAAGUCGAAUCAUCAUUUACUGCUGAUGACAUUGAGUGCUGGACAGAAAUUAGUGAUUUAUUCAUGAAAAGGACAGAAAAAUUAGAAAAUGUCUUGUCUGAGUUUGAAAAACGUUCAGUGAAUACAGGACUUGAUACAGAGGAAAAAGCAGCUGCAAUAGUUGCAGAACGUGUUCAAGAAAGUAUUCAUCGAAGUUGUUGGAUGCUCAGAUCACGGCUUCAACUUACCACAAAAUUAUUAAAUAAUUUCCGUAGUUGA